UUUACUUCCUCUUGUAACGUUACUGUUUCCGGCGACAGAUUUCUACUGAAAACUGCUCGUCAAAUAUUUAACGGUUUUUCUGCAUCUGCUGCUGAACUGAGUCCAGAUACGAUGAUUGACAUAAAGGCAUGGGCAGAAUAUGUGGUGGAGUGGGCAGCAAAAGACCCCUAUGGCUUCCUCACCACAGUCAUCCUAGCUUUGACCCCUCUGUUUAUCGCCAGUGCCCUUUUGUCAUGGAAACUUGCCAAGAUGAUCGAAGCCAAAGACCGCGAGCAGAAGAAGAAGCAAAAAAGACAGGAGAACAUCGCCAAGGCCAAGAGAGCCAAGAAGGACUGAGCAUGAGAUGGAGAGUGGUCAAUAUCAUCGUCCAGUCCCCUGAUAUAUAUGGCUCGUUUCUUAACCCAGGACAUGUAUUAUGGGACCUGGAGCAAGACUGGGCUAGAAGGAGCCCUCAGUAAAGUCCUUAGAGAAAUCAUAUAUUCGGGGGGUUGAUUGAUUGAUUGAUCGAUCUCAAAGGCAGGACUGCAGUAUACUUUUCCAGAAUAUUACUACUACAGUGGAAAAUGCACUGCGCUGUUGUGCUAUACACUAUUGUGCAGUACUCUGCAUUCCAUUUUUUUACCGGGUUGGUGGUUGUUUUCAAGAUGAAUCCAUAAUUAUAUUACAAUGAAGUUUUUUAUAACAAUAAAGAACAUUCUUAAUGCAAAA